CAGUUCACCAAACAUGUCGUGUUUGUUGUUGUUCUGUUAACUUAUCCCAAUUCCUGUUGGAGCCAAAUUCACUCUAAAAAGACGAGAGCUUAUUUUUUGCGGAUGGAUUAGAAGGGGAGUUUUAGGUGUGUGUCUGAUAGGUAAUCGGCGGAAGGCCGUGCCUCACCUUAACACAUAAAAGUAGUCCCUGUCUGUAAGGAGAACGGGGUUUCGGAGCCUCUCCCCGCUCGCCCGGCUCGCAUCAUCCAGUCGGUCUCCGCCCCGCCGCUCCAUCAUCAGCUCACAUCCAGGGGGGGGGGAAAGAAAAAAUAGAAAAGAAACGACGGGAGCAGAAGGAACCACGUCGGUGGAAAUAAGGAACCAUGAAGGACCGCAUGCAGGAACUUAGACAUGGCAAGGAGACGACAGAAGAAGAGGAUGAAGUCGCUGUGGGGAUGGACAAAGGCUUCAUGGAGGAAUUCUUUGAACAGGUAGAGGAGAUCCGGGGUUUUAUCGAGACUCUGGCAGAGAAAGUGGAAGAGGUGAAGAGGAAGCACAGCGCCAUCCUGGCCUCGCCGAACCCCGAUGAGAAGACCAAAGCCGAGCUCGAGGACCUCAUGGCAGACAUCAAGAAACUGGCCAACAAAAUUCGCUCUAAAUUAAAGAGUAUUCAGCAAACCAUAGAGCAGGAGGAAGGGCAGAACAGAUCGUCAGCUGACCUGAGGAUACGCAAAACGCAGCACUCCACGCUGUCGAGGAAGUUCGUGGAAGUGAUGUCAGAGUACAACACCACGCAGUCGGACUACAGAGAGCGCUGCAAGGGCCGCAUUCAGAGACAGCUGGAGAUCACUGGAAGAAACACUACAAAUGAGGAGCUGGAGAGCAUGUUGGAGAGUGACAACCCUGCCAUCUUUACCUCUGGGAUAAUAAUGGAUAACAUCACCCAACAAGCAAUGAAUGAGAUUGAGACGCGGCACAACGAGAUCAUCAAGCUGGAAAACAGCAUCAGGGAACUUCAUGACAUGUUCAUGGAUAUGGCCAUGUUGGUGGAGAGCCAGGGCGAACUGGUGAACAACGUCGAGCGGAGCGUUCAGGGCGCUCAGGAAUAUGUGGAGGAAGCAAAGGAGCGCAUCCCGAAAUGCAAAAAGUUCAAAAAGACCAACAGACGGAAAAUGAUCCUGAUAGGUGGUUGUGUCGCAGUGUGUGUCUUCAUCCUCAUUAUUUCUCUUGCUAUCGGCCUCAGUUAGGACCCUGACACACACCGUUUGCUGCUCUAGAAGUGGCUCAAUAACUUAGUGUCGCCAUUGUAAACGAGCACUCAAACUGUGUGGGGCUAAUUAAUAUUGUCUAACUGUGUUCUUUUAUAUUGCUCUUGCACAUGUUUUUUGGGGGGGUUUUUGCACGUUUUCUGAAAAAAAUAUAAAAAUACAAAAUAUUGCGUACUUCUCAAAAUUUUGCAAUUAUUCUAAUUAUCACAUGUGUCUCUGAAUAGUUCAUGUACAACCAAUCUUUUUCAAAACUUGUGGAUGCAAAAUUUUGAAUAAGCACCCUAAAAAAAGACUUUUUCAAAGGUGAAAAACUCUAGUAAAACUAUUUUAAGUUUCAACAAGCUCACACCGAUGCAACAUCUUUCCACUUCAGGUAGAGAAACUUUAACUGCACUAGCAGUUAAUGUAUGUCUCACCAUAAAAACUCAGUUAGUUUUAUAAUCAUUUUUUUUUCUUCCUAAAAUAUCAUUUCAAGCUGUCACAACAAGCAGUGGUUUUAAAAAAAACCUGUAGUUCAUUUAGCUCAGACACUGAGGAAAUUCACAUAUUUAAUUUAAUGAAGUAAUCUCCAGACAUUUCCUACUUAUAUAAUUAGUAAAAAAAAAAACACAGUGAAAUUACAACUUUUCAUAUCUGAGAAAAUUCCCAAAGCGAACACCCGUCACCAGUCUGGCUGCCGACUUCUUCAGAGCCGUCCGUCUCCACUGGAAUGUUUUCUGUCCUUACCCUUCUGCCCCGAGUUGAAGCCAAGAUUCAAGUUGUUAUAAUCACACAAAAAGUGCAGAGAGACGAAGCGCGCCGUGCUCACUCUUUCAUUUUCUGUGUUGCCGUUAGCAGCCAUACAUCUGUUUCACGUUUUCACAUUUGAAGUGUCACAAAAGCCAUCCAGUGAGUUUUUAAAGUAAUAUAAAGCCACACUCUACUGUUACCUAGGCUGGAAAUCUUUCCUGAUACAAAAUCAGGAAAGACAGGAAAUUAGUUUUUUCCUGAGGAAGUCUUGGGGACAAAGCUAAUAAUGAUUUGCUUUGAAAAAGGACAGAAAGGUCCAUAUAAAUCCAUUUUCCUUUUAUAUAUUUCAUUGUUUGUUUUAGCUUGAAAAUAUCAUCCCAUUUACCUUUUUAGUUCAGGACAGAUUUGGAAUAAAGUCUAGUUAUAACACAUCAUGACAAUUUGUUCUAGCAUUUUGCAUGUGUUAAGAUAUAUACAGCAAACUUUUGCGUAAAUGUUGCUUAGGUUGAGGCUGUUCGACAGAGACCCAUAUCAACAAUCUGAUCGACAUGCCAUAAAAAUUUGCAUGGAUCCAUUUGACCCAUCACAGAAAUUAGGAACUGCCGUUUUGAUUUGAAGAUUGAACAAGUAGGAGAAUCAAUUCUGUCAUGAGAAAUGCUCCAACUGAGAAUAACUGUUAUAUAAGUCCAUUAUUUGGCCUUUGGUUCCUAUCAUUUAGCUCUUUUUCUAAAUGAAAACAAAUCAUCUUGGUUGUGUUUUGUCGGACUCUGGUUGCUUGUGAAUGAUAUUUAUUGAGAUAGUGUUAAAAACCUGUAUUGACCUUUUUCUGCCACCAGAGGGAGCUAAAGCUGAUUCUCUGGCCUUUUAACACUGCGGAGUGAUCGUGUUUGUUGGCAGAGAGAACUCAAUAUGCUAUAAUUUAAGAAGACGGAUUGAUCUGAUCUCAUGUUUUUAUUUUUGAAAUACUCUAUUAAAUCAAGCAAUCUCUUAAAAAGUUCAAUUCUACUUUAUUGCCGUGACGUCAGUAACUUUAAUUUCAGCUGAAUUUCCUCUCGGAGGACAAAAUCGUUUAUAGCUUGCUGUAAACAUUGCAGCACUCGUCUAUUUGCCUGCAUUUUGUGAAGCAUUGAUUAUAAUCUUAAAUGAUAAUCUUACGUUUCACUGAGUUCUCUCUGCCUGUAAACCUUAACGUUAUCUUUUAAGUUGUUGAACAAAGUGCAGGAAGCAAAUAUUCAAACGUGAGCUUUUACAAAUCCUUGUAAUAGUUGCACUCCGAGAAUUUCCUGAGAUUAUUUUAUGUUAUUAAAUCCCACUUUUGUUUUCUGAGUUCCACUUUGUUCAAAUGUAUUAAAGCUCUGUUCACACUGCUAACAUGUUUUCCUCUCUUUCCUGUCUGCUGCGUGGGAUUUUUCCUUUUUUUAUGUUUUUUUUUUUUUUUUAACUC